GUGACGAGAGGUUGGACCCGCCGCUUCCGCCACAACAGCAGAGGUACUACGGUUACGGUUUUAGUCCUACCCUGUGGGAACGAGUACUUGAGAAAUAUCUAAGGCCCAAGAGUCGUCACGGCGCAGGCUCUGCUCCCAUCUGUGUGGUUUUAUGUCUUCACCUGUUUGCUCUCCUUUGGGCCAUACACAAGAGGGAAGCAACCGACUGUAGGUGGCUGCAGAUCUAAAACUCCCUGAUGUUGUAUUCACAAUGGCUGUUGGAAAUACCCUUGGUCACAUGUUCAAAACUGUAUCGGAAACUGCCAACAUCACAAAAGUGAAAUCAUUCAGGGGGUGAUUGCGCUGGACAGUGUUGUUGGACAGUAGUGAGGAUGGCACACAAGGAAUUCCUCACAGCAAAACUGAAAAAUUUUCUAAGGGAAGACAAGAUUCAACUUUGGAAGCCCCCAUAUACCAAUGAAAAUAAAAAAGCUGGUGUGGAAUUGAAGGAGCUAGCACAGAAAUUUUCAACCAAGCUGGAGCUCUCUGAAGUUGAAGUGGAAAGCUUACUUGAAGAAAUAAGAUGCAAAGCUAUUGAGCGUGGAACAGGAAAUGAUGCUUUUAAGAGAACAGGGAUAACAACACUUGAAGUGUCUUUAGCUGGAAAUAAGGGAAAAGCUAAAAGAAAAAAUUCACUGGAAACUAAACUGGUUAUCACUGGCAAGGAGCUCAGAUCUCAGAUAGCACAGACAUUUGGACUUCAAGAAAAUUGUCUCAAAAUAAUUGUAAAUAAGAAGAUCCUUGAAUUAGGCAAAACUCUUGAAGAGCAAGGCAUAACACACAAUGUAAAAGUCAUGGUGCUUGAGCUAAUGCAUAGCCAGGAGGAAACCAAAAGAAAAGUUCAGGAAGAAGAAAAGCAAAAAGAAGAAGAGGCCCUGAAGGAAAAAGAAAUCAAAGAUAGGUUGAAAAGAACUAAGAAGGGGUUAGAAAUUCUAGCAGAAAGAGAGGACUAUUUGGAUCCGGAUACCACUCCAUAUCUUGAUAUAGCUAAUCAAACUGGAAAAACAAUCAAGAUUCCUCCUCGGGCCAAAAAAGCCCUUGUACUAGCUAUGGGUUAUCAUGAGAAGGGAAGAGCAUUAAUGAAGAAGAAAGAAUAUGAAGUAGCAUUGCCAUUCCUGUUGGAUGCUGAUAAACACUUCUGCGAGUGCGGAACAGAUCUUCUGAAUACAGUUGAUAAUUAUGCAGUGCUGCAGUUGGAUAUAGUGUGGUGCUACUUUCGCCUGGAACAGCUCGAAUGCCUGGAUGACGCGGAGAAAAAGCUUGCCACAGCCCAGAAUUGCUUCAAGAGGUGUUACGGGGAAAACCAUGAGAGACUUUUCAAUAUCAAAGGAAGUCAUGGCAGUGAGAAGGUGUUAUUUCUAAGACUUUACCUUCUCCAGGGAAUAGGACACUUUCACAAUGGUAAAGAAAAAGAUGCUGCUGAAUAUCUGAAGAAGGCGUAUGAUUUGUUUCAAGAGCUCUUCAUUGAUCCUGAAAAAGUCAAUUGUCUGUUACUCCUGGGAUUCUCUCCUCAGGAAGCUCGCCUUGGUCUGCGAGCUAGCUAUGGUGACGUGGAUCAUGCUGCCAAUCUUAUCAGCAAUAGAAGAGAGACAAAGGCAGAAAUAAGGAGAGAGGAAAGAAAAAAGAGGCGGCAACGACAGGAGGACAUAAAUACUUUGAAAAACAUGGGCUAUUCAGAGCGAGCUGCUCAGAAGGCUCUUCAUCAAGCAAAUGGAAACUUGGAUAAUGCUUUUCAGAUUCUUGUUAGUAAUCCUCAGUUAUUCUUGGAAAAUGAUGACAACAAUCCUGUGACAAUGAACCAGUUUCAGGUUCCUAAAGAAAGUAUUGACCAGUUGGUGUACAUGGGUUUUGAUCGGGAAUCAGCUGAGGAAGCUCUAAAAGUCUUUCAAGGCAACAUUCAAUUGGCUGCCCAAACACUAGCUCAUAACGGAGGAGUUCUUCCCACCGAGUUGCAGCUGCCGUCAGAAGCAACCACUCCUUCAGAAGAAUCAACUUCAUCCAAAGAUUCUCCUACAGAGUCUGCAGGUACUUCGAGUUCAUCAACAGAUGAAGACAUGGAAGUAGAUGCAGUCAAUGAAAUUUUGGAGGAUAUUCCAGAACAUGAAGAAGAUUAUCUGGAUUUAACUCUGGAAGAGGAAGGAUCUAUCAUUGACAAAUACUUAUCUUACAUCCAAAUCCCACAGCCAUAGGACUCAUUACCCACAGUUCAGUUAUAGAUGUGCUUUGGCAACAUAACAGACAUACAUUUUGGAUUCUUAAGUUUCAGAUGUUAAAUUCAUCCUCGGCUUAUUUUUGCCAAAGCCUUAAAUACAGUUAAAUGAAAAGUGAUCUUCUUUUAAAUUAUCGCUAAUCUAUAAAAAUGCAUUUUUUUUCAUUCAUUAUAAUAUAUUGUCAAAGAGCAGCAUAAUGGAAACAUAUUUUCAAAAAAAAUUUAAUAGAAGCUUAAUAUAUAUUUCUAUAGGUGUGCAAUUAGUCCCUUUACUUUAUACAGCAAAGAAAUAUUUUUCACCAUUUCGCAACACCAGCUUUUAAAGAAACCUAAGUUUGCGAAUUGGAAACCAAGUGCAUACCUUUUGUAGAGCUGGCCAUUUUACCUUUUUUCUCCUUAAAAUACUGUUUCCCAAAAAUCAUUUAUGAAUCAUUUCUGCAUGGAUUUGAUGCCUUGCCUUCUCAUUCUUCAUGUCAGACAUUGCAUAAGCAACCAAUAAAAAUAUGUUCCAUUGCUUA